CUUCGUAAAAUCAAUCCCGCGUUCUCCUCUACCUUCUGCUCUUUCGCUCUGGGGGAUAGAGGAGAGAAAAACCAAGAGAAGCUUCUGGAAGAAGAUCGCUCACCGGAACGUCUCCAAUGUAAGCGCCACCAAAGUUUCCUCUCGUUCGAAAAGCUCGAAGUCUCUCUCCAUGGACGACGUCGACAGAUUGUUCAAGUGCUUCAAGUGCGGCAUCUCUCCUCCCGAAUCGGCCGUGAGAGAGAGGAAGAGAGUUAAAAGGAAAUGGCAGGAGGGGAGCUCAGUACAUGAAGGCUCCACAUCGAGCGCUCUCAGUCCAGGAUCAUCAGGACAGAGGCAUGAUGAGGCAACGGACGUACAGCUUUGUGGCGAGAAAGUAUGGGACCUUGGUUCAGCAACAAUUAGAGCACACAAGUUCAGCCAAAGGAGGAGAGGGUUGCAUAUUUCUCCAGUGGUGUUCUACGGGUCUCCUAAUGGCGUGCCUCCAAAAAGACCAUCUAGUUUGCUGCGAUUGCUGAAUGAGAUACGGGUUGAUCUUGCUGCACAAAAUUCAUCAAAGCUAAGGUCCUUGAAGGAAAUAUGGACCACAUUCCCAAGGCAAGAAGAAGCAAUGAAGUUUGCUAAGGCUCAUCCUCAGGUUCAUGUGUUCAGUUACCAAGACCAUUGCAAUGGCCAGAGAAGAUUUCUUGUAUCUUCUUACCAGGAAUUCUGGAAGAGGUACAAUACUAUGGAUCCAAAGUUGCGCCACCAUUAUGAAGUAAUUCAGGAGGGUCUUCCUUGUCACUUAUACUUUGAUUUGGAGUUCAAUAAGAGGGAAAAUGCUGACAAAAAUGGAGACGAGAUGGUUGAUCUUCUGAUAUUAGUUGUUUUGGAGGUGUUGCUUGACAAGUACUCAAUCCAAGGAAACGAGGAAUGGGUAGUUGAGCUCGAUUCUUCAACUGAAGAAAAAUUUUCUCGUCAUUUGAUUCUGAGGAUACCAAUGACUGCUUUUAAGGACAACUCUCAUGUGGGUGCAUUUGUUUCGGAGGUAUGCUUGCGGAUUUCUAGUGCAAGGGAGACAGACAAAAGGUAUGAAAUGUUGUUUGUCAAGAAAGAUUCCAGCACAUCAACAUGUCAAAUUUUUGUGGACACUGCUGUCUAUUCAAGGAAUCGAUGCUUUCGUUUGGCUCUGUCGUCCAAGGCAGGCAAGAGUUCUGUCCUUCUGCCGACUGGGCGUUACAAAUGCAAGGACAUGUCUGAGGAAGACAUGUUCGUGGCUUCUUUGAUCUGCAAUAUGGAUGUUGAUUGUCAGAAGCUCUUGGUCUGCAAAAUGGAGUUAGAUUGUGCAAAGACACUUCAGUUCGAGACCGAGAUGAAUGGUGACUUUGGAAGAUACAGUCUUACUUCGCAAGAGCUUAAUUUCAACUCUUUCCCUAGUAAUAGUUCGGAGAAUUACUUCCCUGGCAAGUCGCCUUUUCCAAUGUUGGACAAAUUCAUAGAAUCUGUGGCCUCAAUUGGAACUGUAUCAGGUAAAAUUCGAAGCUGGUACUGGUUCUCAGUGCAUGGACUCAUGGUUUACGGCAUGUCAAGGAACAGGUUCUGUGAGCGGAUAGGCAGAGAGCAUAAAAGCAAUCACGUUAUCUACGUUGUUGAUCUGAAUUGGGCUGCAUAUUACCAGAAAUGUCAUGAUCCUGAUUGCAAAGGUUACCGCUCUCCCUUGCGUCCAAUCCCAGAGGAUAUUGUGCCUGAUCUAUCAGCAUUCUUUGAUUCGGUGCAGAUGGUUAAUCCUCCUAAUGUAACAAAUAAUGUGCUUGACAAUGAUGAAAAUACAGCGAAUUGCUCCCCUGUGGAUGCUUGGUGGCUCGAAGCCAUAAGGGUCUCAAAUGCUAUAGAAAACAAACAGGUCAUGGAGGACGACAACAAGGAGAACAAUUUUGUGGAUGAAGACGAGGACUGGUGGGUGGAUAUAGAAACGGAUAUACCUCAGGUUGAGCUUGAGCUUAACCAUUUCAGUGGAUCAUAGUUGCAAUUAUGCAGGAGGAAAUUCGGUCCUGCUUUGUUCUACUGCUUG